CCGACGCCGGGGGCGCCGGCGCUCGCGCAUUCCGCGCAUCCAACAGGAGCAGCAGCCGAAGCAGCGGCACCAAGAGCAGCGAUGUCGUUCGAAAGCGAGUUGUGUCGCUGAGCGAUGAGUGUUCACGAGCAUGUAAGCGCCGUAGCCGCCGCCAGCGCCCCAGCGUCGUUGUGCGACCAUGUGUGCCGCCGCGUCCGCUUCCGAUAUCACGUAAAAGCGGUCGACGCGAGUCCAAAUAGGCCCCUUCGAGCGGCCGAGUGGUGAGCGUCAUGGCGGGCUCGGCCGCCGACCAGGCGUCGGCGUGCGUCGUGGCCCAUGGCCAUGCCUUUCAGAAGAAGACCUUUCACAAGCCCACGUACUGCCACCACUGCGGCGACAUGCUCUGGGGCCUCAUCCAACAAGGCUUCGUCUGCGAAGUUUGCAACUUCGUGGUGCAUGAACGCUGUUCAAAAACCGUAAUAUCGCCAUGUUCCAGCGUAGCAUCCAGUCUAGUCAAGAACCCGGUCGGACACUGUUGGUCCGAAGCGCUCCAUCAGAAGCGAAAAUUUUGUAACGUUUGUCGAAAGCGACUCGACGAUUGCGACUCAAUCCAUUGUGAAAUUUGCCAGUACUAUGUCCAUGUGGAGUGCCAAGAGUUUGCGGUGCCAGACUGCAAAGAAAAUGCCACCUACACUCCAGGAAAAGAGUUGGAACAAGUGCAGCACACCCAUCACUGGCGUGAAGGAAAUCUUCCCAGCGGCAGCAAAUGCGAGCAUUGUAGGAAGACUUGUUCCAACACUGAAUGUCUUUCCGGGUACCAAUGCGAAUGGUGUCGAAUGACGUGCCAUGCUAUGUGCCACUUGCAAGUAGAUAGUGAGUGCACGUUUGGAGUAUUAGGGCCGAUCUAUCUGCCUCCUCAUGCAGUCAGCAUUCCGCGCACUGAAGUGCCCAUGGAAGCCAUCAUUGGAGUGACCGUUCGUCGCAAGGAAACCAUAUCCCGUAAGUCUGCAAAUCCUGUUCUCUGCAUCUCUUUUGGAGCGUUCUGUUGUAAAGCGCGCAGCACUUCUGAAGAGUUUAGUAGCGGAGAUGCCAGCCGGUACAAGGACUCGGAGGAGAACACGCAGCCUCAUGGCUCGGCCAAGGAGAAGCAGGACAAGCAGAAGAAGGGCGAUGAGGAGCGGGAUGAAGAAUUCAUCAAGGUGUUUGAUGGCGACAGCUCCUUGCGCAGACGGUUGUUUAGAGUGAUAGCAGUCAAUAGGCAGGCCGGUCUGAAUCAGGUCUUGGUACAGGCCCUGCGGGCUUUUCAUAUAACCAAGGACCCCGAUCAGUUCUACUUAACAGACUUGUAUUCGGAAGACGAAGAUGUGCUGCAUGAUCCGACGCCAGUAUUGAAUCUGCACCGGAAGGAAGGAAAACGACCGGCAACGUUUCUGAGAUUCAAGGGCAGAGACAACGACUCUGGAGAAGUUCGAGUUUAUCCCGGCAAGUUGAAGAUAUCACAGGCAUUCUGCACCAUUCCUGUUGAUUCUAAGACGACCGUUGGCGAUUUGAUGAAAGAAUCUCUUGCGCGCUUCGACCUGGAUUAUCGGUUCGAGGAGCUGCGCUGCCUGGAAGUGCUUUUGGACAGAGGAGUAACCGAACGGGUGUUAUCAUGGAAUGAAAGACCCUGGGAAAUAAUGAAAAGCCUCGGCCACGACAGCAUCCGACAAAUGGAGUUAAUGCGGUUCUACUUGCAACUGAGGAAGGACCCGCAUGGGCCGAAUGUGGCCCUUUUUAUUGGCAGUCUUCCGCCCAACCUCUCUGAGCGACUUUACGAGAACAUCCUGACGGAUCUGCUGGGCAAAGAAAACAAAUUCCUCAAAGUCGGCCCCAUCUACUACGAAUAUGGGUCGAUGGUGGUCAAUUUCCAAGACUCCGAUACUGCAGUCCGGGCGCUUUACAUCCUGCGGAACGCGCGGCUGGAUGAGAAACAACCCUUGCUUGUGAUGUUGCUGCCGAACAUCGAAGAAACGAUGAUUCCGAAGGAAGUCCAUCCGUUGCUGGUGUUCGUCAACAUCAAAUCCGGCGGCUGUCAGGGCCUGGAGCUGAUUUCCAACUUCCGAAGACUGUUGAAUCCAUACCAGGUCUUCGACUUGGACAUUGGCGGCCCGUUGCCUGGACUGUAUGUGUUCAGGAAUAUCCGAAAUUAUAAAAUUCUGGUUUGUGGCGGCGAUGGUACGAUCGGUUGGGUACUGCAGUGUUUGGACAAUGUGGGGCAAGAUUCCAGAUGCGAUUCUCCUGCUUGUGCCAUAGUACCUUUGGGAACUGGCAAUGAUUUGGCUAGAGUUUUGCGUUGGGGGCCCGGUUACACUGGCGGGGAAGAUCCCCUUAAUUUGCUGAAAGAUGUGAUUGAUGCGGAAGAAAUUCUUCUGGAUCGUUGGACGGUGGUAUUUCAUCCAGAAGAAAAAACAGACAAACCCGAAGAUAACGCAAAACAGGUCAAUUCCACCGGUAAGAAGAGGCAAAAACUGUGCAGAUUGAAACUGACCAAUGAGCAAAUUAAAAAAGCAGUGGCUGCAGGUUCAACGAGCGAAGACAACUCUCAGAUCCUGGUGAUGAACAACUAUUUCGGAAUCGGUCUGGAUGCCGAUCUGUGCCUGGACUUUCACAAUGCCAGGGAGGAGAACCCGGGCAAGUUCAUCAGCCGCUUGCACAACAAGAGCGUGUACGUGAAGAUGGGCCUGCGGCGGAUCGUGGGCCAGGGGAAGGUCUGUAUCAAAGAUCUGCACAAACUCGUGCAGCUAGAAGUUGACUUCAACCGGGUGAAGUUGCCGAAUGUAGAAGGAAUCAUUGUGCUGAACAUUCUGAGUUGGGGCUCAGGGGCCAAUCCAUGGGGACCGCUGACCGGCGAUGAACGAUUCCGAUGUCCCACCCAUUACGAUGGGUUGCUGGAGGUGGUGGGCGUGACUGGCGUGGUCCAUCUGGGACAGAUCCAAUCCGGUUUGAGUCGCGCUGUGCGAAUUGCCCAGGGAAAACACAUCAAGAUCCAUCUGCGCUCUGAUAUUCCAGUUCAAGUGGAUGGUGAGCCGUGGAUUCAAAGCCCAUGCGAAGUGGUUAUCUUGAAGUCCGCUCUAAAGGCGACAAUGUUGAAGAAGAAAAAAUUCAAACGGCGUGGAACUGAACCGAAUUUGGAUCCGACAGCGGGCGAUGGUGAGAAGGAGGGGGCACAGCCGGGACAAAGAGAACCAGGACCGACCAAUUGGCAGAACCAGACUGACGAUGUGGAAAAGCCAUCGAACAGUCAGGUGGCCUCAAAUGAAGAUUCGCAACAGGCGACAUCGAGUGUGAGCGAGUCGUUGCAGGCAACUUCCAGUCAGAAUCAGUCGACAAACAGCCAAAUUCACUCAUAAAACUGAUUUGUGAUUUACUUUCGUUUUUGGGCUUGAUGUGCUGAUAUCUCGGUAUAUAGACGGUUUUCUUCAGUUCAAUUAGGUAUCCGUUAUUGAUCUCAGUACUGAUCCCAACGCUGGCAUUUCCAUAGUUUAGCGGGGCAAUCGAGCGCGGGAUGCGAAAAACUAUCAUGUAUUAAUUUUAUAUUAUAUACUUAAUUAUAGGUUGUUUGCUCGUGAGUCAUUUUUGGCGGUUUCGUGUCAUUAGAAUCAGAUGUAGAGCAUAAAAUCGGGCAUAAACAGCCAAGUAUACAUUGUAACACUGUAAUCUCGAUUACGUUAUUGUAUGGUACUUAUUACCAAAUCAUUUGCACAUGUUUAUUUGGAGUUGUAUCGCAUAGUUAAUGUGGAUGCGACCACUUUAGUCUAUA